AACAAUGCGAAUGGGGUCACAAGACUUCUUCUAUCACAUGGAACCGGAUGAUUUCCGUCUUUCACUGUGUAUCCAUCCAAAUCAUCUGUGCAAGGAUGGACUUCUCAAAACAUUCGGUAUUUUUACUAGAACCCAUUCACUUUCAUGGCUGCGAUGCUUACACUUCUCAUAUCUGCACACCAACUCAAGAAGUUGUACACACUGAAUCCGGCUCAAUCUGCGCUUCGUUUCUAACCUAAAUUUUCACCGUGGGUUUUUGUUGGGUCUCCAUCUGAGAGCGUGGUUUGAUUUUCUUGGCUACGAAGUCGUAAUUUUGUGUGCUUUCGACUUCCUUUUGCUUGAGCUGCAGGGAUAGAGCCAUAUGGAUAGCGUUGUAGAUGGAGUGGAAACUAUCAAUCUCGUAUGCACACGGUGAAACAAAUUGAGGAGUGUCUGCCGUAGACAAUGUUGUUCUAAGUAUUUAGGGAAGAGGUUAAAGGAGUUGGAAUUGAGGAUGGAGGAUGCCUUGCGCAAGUUAAGGAUAAGUAGAGUGAAUGCCUUUGUAGGGCUGUCUUCGUGUGGCGAGCAUAGAAUGGUAAUCAGUGUAUCUUCUCAUUUAAAUCUCAGUGAUUUCUAUAAAAAGUUAGAAACAAGAAUUCUUCCCUUCAAUAGAGAUCCUCUUACUCCUUUAAAAUUUCUCAGCUUACGAAGCGAUGGCAAAAAUGGGAAUGCAUUGAGGUUCAGCACAGAAUUGUUGUCUUUGAGAGGUUCCACUAGGGGGGUUUGCGAGGCAAAUGUGCAGAAAUUCGCUGAAAACUUUGUCGUAGAGGACUUGGGGCGUGGGGACGACCAUGAGCAGGAGGAGAAUACCAAUGACUUAGGACAAGUGAUUAGAAGGGCUCAGUUCAGCGGAUAUCUGAAGAAAAGGAGGAAAGAACCACCGAACGACAUAUUGCAUAAUCUGGCUAAAGCGGUGGCGGUGCGUGUAGCAUCCGAGAAGUUAAAUUCAGAUGAAGAUGUCAUGAAAAUAGUGAAUGAGACGGGAUUGCGGGUGGACGUUCGCUCCAUGAACGUGGUGGUAUGGCAGCUAGGGCAGAUGCAGAAUUGGUAUGCUGCUACUAAGGUCUUUCGUGCAUUUCGAAGUGCUGGAGUGGAGCCAAAUGCUUACGUCUGCACAACUCUUAUUGCAGCUUUAGGAUGCGGGCGUAGGUUAUCACAAGCUCUGAAGCUGUUCAGAUGGAUGGAAAAGGCAGGAAUUGAGCGGCCUAUAUUUACCUUCAAUGCUCUUAUGGUCGCAUGUGGCAGGUGUGCAUCAGGUGACACUGCCGUGGAACUUUUUGAAGAGAUGGAGAAGUUAGGAAUAGUACCUGAUAGAAUAACCUUCACAGGAUUAGUUUCAGCAACCACUGCUGCAGGUCUAUGGGACCGUGCUCAAAGCUUCAUUGACAUGAUGCAAGCCAGAGGAUUUUCUAUUGGAUUGCACGAAUACAUUGAAAUGCAGUGGGCGUGUGCACGAGCACGGAAGCCUCGAGAAGCCUAUGGGCUUUUCCAAGUGAUGCUAGAACAAGGUUACGAACUCAAACUGGAAAGCUACAACGCCCUCUUAUGCGCCUAUGAGAGAACAGCUCAGUGGGAGGAUGCCAUGAGAACGUUUAUUUGGAUCCAAGAUAAGGGCCUUACUCCGGACGUUAUGUCGUGGAGUAGUCUCAUCAGUGCGUGUGCUAAUGCUGGACAAGCUGAAAGAGCACUGGAAGUAUUGGAGAGAAUGAAGACCAGUGAUUGUCAACCUAACGUCGUCUCCUGGUGUGGACUCCUAAAAGCUUAUCAGAAAACAGGAAACUGGGAGAAGGCGGAAGAGAUUUUUCAUGCAAUGCUGGAUUCAGGAUGCCCUCCUAACGAGGUUGCAUGGUGCUCACUUCUAAGCGCUUACGAGAAGGGUCGGCAAUGGAAGAAGGUCCUCUACACAAUUGAGAAACUGGAAGAGCUAGGAAUGAAGCUUGACGUGGUAGCAUGGAGCACUACAAUUAGUGCCUUGGCAAAAGCGGGGCAAUGGGAGCUUGCGGAGGAGAAAUUUAAGCAGAUGACGAAGAGUGGGUGUCUACCGAAUAUUGUCACAUAUUCUUCUCUCAUCAAGGCCUAUGGGGACGUUGGGUUGUGGGAGAAAGCAGAAUCUGUGUUCAAAUUGAUGCUACGAGUAGGUAUUAGGCCAAAUCCCCAGGCUUGCUGUGCGCUUCUCCGAGCUUAUGGCAAGGGGAAAGAACUGGAGAAAGUAAUCAUCUUUUUCGAAAGCAUGGAGCCGCAAUACGGAGUUGAACCUGACAAGUACGCUUAUGCUGCGAUUUUUUGGGCGUGCUGGACUUGUGGAGAGUGGCAACGGGCUGUGAAAUACAUUGAUAGAAUGGAAAUGGCUGGCUGCACCCCUGACAGUGUGAUAUACACCACAUUAAUUAACAUGUACGAAGCAAAUGGGCAGAUCGACAAAGCCAUGCAGGUGCUAGAGAGAAUGGGCUCCGGGAGCUUGAUUUGACGGAAGUAUCCAGUUGUAUACACGUUGACAGCCUUAGGUGUGUGUACACACAUUGGACCAAUCUGCGCCUGUUACACACGUGUUGACAAAGACAAUUUGGGUUCCUUUUUGCAAGUCUGUCAA